AUGUAUAAAAAUUUAAAUGUAUGUGUUUUAGGAAGUGUAGCUGUUGGUAAAACUUCAAUGAUUGAAUCAUUGACAAAUGGAAAUUAUGAUAGAGAACAUAUUCCAACAAUUGAAAAUAGAUCAAUUAAAUUAUUACAACACAAAAAAAAAGUUUAUAAUAUAUUUAUUCAUGAUACAGCUUCAAUCAGAGAAUUAAAUUUCUUAGUAAAGGAAUCAAUUAGCCAAUGUGAUUCAUUUAUAAUUGUAUUUUCCUUAAAUGAUGCAAACUCAAUUGAAUCAAUUCAAUUUUAUAAAGAUUUAAUAUAUGAUACAUUAAAGUGUAAAAAAGGGUCAAUACCAAUUGUAAUCGCUGCAAAUAAAUUAGAUACAAAGGUAAAUGAUCCAACAAUAUAUCAAAAAAUUAAAAAAAUUAAUAGGUUAUAUUCAUUACCAUGUAUUGAAUGUACUUCAAAAGAUAAUGAAACAACAAAUUCAGUUUUUAAAUUAUUAUUAAAUAGUGUUGAAAAAAAGACAACAAAAAGACAAAUAAUCCCAAAAGUAAAGUUUUACUUUAAAAAAAAAUUUUCUUUGACCUAUUAA